AUGGCAAAGCAAAAUUUUCCUAUGGAUUGCUCCUUUGUUUGCAUAACCUUAAUCCAGUUCAUUGCUUCAAUGAGUUUCAGCAAAUCCCAGAGCCUCAUAAACGAAACUAAUACCAGCACAACUACCACUACUACUAAGGCCUUUUUCAUAUUUGGUGACUCUAGUGUAGAUUCUGGCAACAACAACUACAUAAAUACUAUUCCUGAGAACAAAGCAGAUUACAAGCCAUAUGGACAAAAUGGUUUUUUUCAAAAACCCACUGGACGAUUCUCAGAUGGCCGUGUCAUUGUGGAUUUUAUAGCUGAAUAUGCUAAGCUGCCACAAAUUCCUCCGUUUUUACAACCAAAUGCUGAUUAUAGUAACGGUGUCAACUUUGCUUCUGGUGGGGCCGGUGUUCUUGCUGAAACCAAUCAAGGACUGGCGAUUGAUCUUCAAGCACAAUUGAGCCACUUUGAGGAAGUCAGAAAAUCACUAUCAGAAAAGCUUGGAGAGAAGAAGACAAAGGAAUUGAUCUCAGAAGCAAUUUAUUUCAUUAGCAUAGGAAGCAACGAUUACAUGGGCUAUCUGGGUAACCCAAAAAUGCAAGAAAGCUACAAUACUGAGCAAUACGUUUGGAUGGUCAUUGGAAACUUGAUACGGGCAAUCCAAACUUUACAUGAGAAAGGGGCUAGAAAGUUUGGAUUCUUAGGUUUGUGUCCAUUGGGUUGCUUGCCAGCCCUUAGAGCUCUAAACCCGGUAGCCAACAAAAGUGGUUGUUUUGAAGCAGCUUCUGCUCUUGCUCUAGCACAUAACAACGCUUUGAAGCUUUUUCUCCCAAACCUCAAGCCUUACCUUGAAGGAUUCAUGUACUCUUACUCUAGUUUCUAUAAUUGGCUUCGUGAUAGAAUAGAUAAUCCCACAAAAUAUGGUUUUAAGGAUGGAGUCAAUGCUUGCUGUGGAAGUGGACCUUAUGGGGGUGUCUUCACUUGUGGAGGUACAAAGAAAGUUGAAGAGUUCAGCUUAUGUGACAAUGUUGAAUAUCAUGUGUGGUGGGAUUCUUUUCACCCAACAGAGAAGAUCCAUGAGCAAUUUGCUAAGGAAAUGUGGAAUGGAUCACCUUGCUCGGUACGACCGUACACUUUAGAAGACUUCUUCUCCAAAAAUGAGAUGAUCAAACCCACUAUUUCUAAUGUAGUUGAUUCCCCAAAAACCGAGCAUGGGCAAUUUCACUACUGAGUUCAUUUACAUAAGGACGAUAAAAAUUAGAAUGACAUUUGAAUAUAUGUAUGAUAUAUACAAAUUCAGAAUAUGAGCAAAGUGUGACAUGGUUAGGCACUUAGGCUAUAGAUGCACAAUUGCAUGUGUGUAGCACGGUUCGAAUGCUGUUUUUUAGUUUAUAUUUUACCAUUCAGGCACUGAUUGAAUUAAGGAGCUCUUGAGUCAAAUAUACUUUAUAAAUUUUAAACUUCGAUAUAUUUUUUGACAGAAACCAACUCAAACCAUUUCAUUGAUAAUUAACUGAUUAA